GGGGGGGCGGCUGGCAGAAGGGAUAUCCUGCUGUCCGGAGAGACAGGCCGAGCUCGGAAUUGGGAGGGAGGGAGAGAGGGAGCCGGGCGGACCCGGGCUCCGGGAGCAGCAGCAGCGUGCCCUGUGGAUGCUCCGCGGACUGAAGGAUGGGGGAAUGGACGAUCCUGGAGCGGCUCCUGGAGGCCGCGGUCCAGCAGCACUCCACCAUGAUCGGACGGAUCCUGCUGACGGUGGUGGUGAUCUUCCGGAUCCUGAUCGUGGCCAUCGUGGGUGAGACGGUGUACGAGGACGAGCAGACCAUGUUCAUGUGCAACACCCUGCAGCCCGGCUGCAACCAGGCCUGCUACGACAAGGCCUUCCCCAUCUCGCACAUCCGCUACUGGGUCUUCCAGAUCAUCCUGGUCUGCACGCCCAGCCUCUGCUUCAUCACCUACUCCGUGCACCAGUCCGCCAAGCAGCGCGACCGCCGCUACUCCUUCCUCUACCCGCUGCUGGAGCGCGACUACGGCCGCUCCCACGGCGACCGGCGCCUGCGCAACCUCAACGGCAUCCUGAUGCAGAACCCCGACGGCGGGCCCAAGGAGGAGCCCGACUGCCUGGAGGUCAAGGAGAUCCCCAACGCGCCGCGGGGCCUCACUCACGCCAAGAGCUCCAAGGUGCGGAGGCAGGAGGGCAUCUCGCGCUUCUACAUCAUCCAGGUGGUGUUCCGCAACGCCCUGGAGAUCGGCUUCCUGGCCGGCCAGUACUUCCUGUACGGCUUCAACGUGCCGGCCAUCUUCGAGUGCGACCGCUACCCCUGCGUGAAGGUGGUGGAGUGCUACGUGUCGCGGCCCACCGAGAAGACCGUCUUCCUGGUCUUCAUGUUCGCCGUCAGCGGCAUCUGCGUGGUGCUCAACCUGGCCGAGCUCAACCACCUGGGCUGGCGGAAGAUCAAGGCCGCCAUCCGGGGGGUGCAGGCCCGCCGCAAGUCCAUCUGCGAGGUGCGCAAGAAGGACGUGGCCCACCUCACGCAGGCGCCCAACCUGGGCCGGACCCAGUCCAGCGAGUCGGCGUACGUCUGACGCCCCGCCCCGCCUUCCCAGGAGCCCCCGGGGGAAACGGGACGCUCGGCGUGCACUCUGGCGUCUGACCCCGGGCCGAUGGGACGGGACGGGAGAGACGGGGAGCGGAGUGCGUGAGUGUGUGUCUGUCGGGAAGAUCCAGGGAUCAGGGAGGCUCCCGGACCCCCGGACUCCCGCCGGCUGGCUUUGAGCUCUUCUUGAGGGUUUUUGGGGUUUUGCCUCCUGGGUGAGAAGGGAGGGGUUGGGGGGCUGAUAAACUGAACUAAAAUAAAAUAAAAGAGGAGUAAAAAGGACAAGAACUCUUGUCAGCCCCCUGGACAGGGGGGGCUGGUGUUUUGGUCUGGAGGUGUGGUUUUAUCCUCGAAGUGUUGCCGUCCGGCCCCCGUCAGGAUUGUUCCCACGGUGACGACACGAUGGGGGGGUGCAGGAGAGCACAGUGGAGCUCCCCGACGCCGCCAGGAUCGGGCCCCGGGCCGGCUCCCAGCACCAGCAAUAAGAACAACAGGUUUCAACACCUUGGCAAUAUCGAGCUGCACUGCUGAGUACAUUUCUUUUUCACAAGACGAAAGCACAAUGACCUGGAGCGGACCUCCCAGACUCCCAGACUUGAAGAGCUGAGAUCUGCU